GCCGGCCCCAGCCCCAGCCCGGGCGGAUUUUGGGGGGCUCCGAGUGCCCCCCCCAGGAGCACGCGGGGCUCGUGCGGCUCUUCCAGUUCGACCAGUUCGUGUGCGGGGGGGCCCUGCUGAGCCCCCGGUGGGUGCUGAGCGCCGCACACUGCCACGCCAGCCACCUGCAGGUGCGCGCAGGUGAGCACAGCCUGGCCCAGGUCAGCGGCCACGAGCAGUUCGCCGCCGCCGUGGAGCUCGUGGUGCACCCGGACUUCGUUGCGGGGGAUUCGGGCCGCUCGCACGACCUGAUGCUGCUGAGGGUGGAGCCGCCCUUCACCUGCGGGCCCCGCGUGAGGCCCCUCCCCCUGGCGCGGGCCACGCCCACCCCCGGCUCCGCCUGCACCGUCAUGGGCUGGGGCAGCACCAGCAGCCCCCAAGAGUCGUACCCGGAGGUCCCGCAGUGCCUCAAUGUCACCGUGCUCGGGGACAGCGCCUGCGGUGACGCCUACGAGGGACAGGUGACAGCGGACAUGCUGUGCGCAGGUGUGCCCGAGGGCGGCAAGGACUCCUGCCAGGGUGACUCCGGGGGCCCGCUGCUGUGCCAGGGCCAGCUCCAGGCCGUGGUGUCCUGGGGUGGUCACCCCUGUGGUCAGCCCGGCCGGCCGGGGGUCUACGCCCGCGUCCAGCCCGCCCUGGCCUGGAUCCGAGAGGUCACCGGACUGACCGGUGACCCCGAGUGUGACCCCGAGUGA